AUGAGUUCUUCAUCAAGCUCUCGUGAACCUUCACCAUCUAUGAAACAAACUUUACCAAACGAUUAUGGAGCACCUAUUGAAUAUUUCUUACGAGCUGCACAAUGGCAAAGAGCAGUCUCACCAAGGUUAGGUGUUCCACCAGCUCCUGUCAAAAAUAGCAUUUGGUCAAGUCCUUAUAUAAAAUAUGGUCUCCCACUAGGUUUGCUAGCUACAGCAGGAGCA